AUGUUAAAGAAUUAUGAAAAUAUCAUCUAUGAACGAACAACUGCUCGAUACGCAUUUAUUUCUUACAUUCUUAGUAUAAUCUCAAUUGGUCUUACAGUUAGUAUAAUUACUGCUGUAUUAUUCUACUUUUUUGUUCGUGAUCUUAAAACUAUUAAUCGAAAUUCAUUAAAGAAUAUUCGAUAUCAAGAUGUACUAUCAUCAGAUCAUGUAAAUACUGUUAACAAUCAGCAACAAGAACAAGAUAUCAAUGCUUAUGAAGAUGAAGAAAUAAAAUAG